AUGGGCUUUGCAAACGUGUGGGGGUCUCACCCGAAAGAUAACGCCAAAGGCGGUCGAGCUUGCCGCGUGUGCUCUAACCAACACGCGAUCAUCCGCAAAUACAACAUCAUGAUCUGCCGUCAGUGCUUCCGCGAGUACGCCAAAGACAUUGGUUUUGUCAAGAACAACUAA